AUGACGGCUCAUACAACCCAUGGAGCCGCGGAGCACACAGGUACCUCCUCGCCUCUGCCAACUCGCCAAGAUGCAGAAGCGGGCACAACCUCGGUAUCGCAGGAGAAAGACGUAGCAAUUGGCCUCGUGGGAGAGCACGCACAGGAAAUCGAUCCAGAAAUCGAAGCCAGGGUUCUGCGAAAAAUCGACUGGUUCUUGAUUCCCGCCAUGAUUGUUGGAUACGGGCUGGUAUACUACGACAAAGCCAUCUUGGGGUCUGCCGUCCUCUUCGGCAUGACAAAGGACCUCUCGCUCAGCAUCACAGAUGCCAGCACGACACCCCCAAGAACUGACACAUCGCGUUUGUCAUGGGCGACGUCACUCUUUUAUUUCGGGAUGCUAGCGGGCCUCUAUCCCAUGACUUUUGCUCUGCAACGCUUCAAUCUCGGCCGUAUACUCGGCGGUGUAGUCCUGCUCUGGGCCUUGAUCUGCAUGCUAACAGCAGCCGUAACCACGUACAAAGGGCUGUACGCUCAGCGCUUCUUCCUCGGGUUUGUCGAAAGCAUCAUACCCACUGGUUUCAUGACGAUAGUAUCAAGCUACUAUACGCAACGAGAACAGGCGAUACGGCAAAGCUGGUGGUUCAGCUCUACAGGCCUCUUCACGAUUCUCGGCGGAGCGCUCAACUAUGGAUUCGCACAGAUUACGUCGGGACAGUUACGCCGCUGGCAGUACAUUUACCUUUUGGCUGGCUGUCUGACCUUUAUCUUUGCCGUCUGGUGUUUCAUCAUCCCCAAUUCGUGUGCUCAAGCUUGGUUUCUCUCGCCUGCAGAGCGCAUCGUGGCCGUCGAGCGACUGCGCAAAGGCGCAACUGGGGUGCGGUGCCAGAAGAUCAAACCUGCUCAGCUCAAAGAAGCAGCAUUGGACAUUAAAGUCUGGCUCGUCUUCAUCCUCAUGGCUUCGGCGUACACGGUCAACGGCGCGGUAUCUGGUUUCGGCCCACUUAUUGUAAGUACGUUCGGCUGGUCGACUCUCGCAUCUAUUCUGUGGCAGUUCCCCUUGGGUGGUCUGUGUCUCAUUAGCAUCUUGCUGUGCGGCUAUCUCAGUUCGCGUAUCCCUAAUAUCCGCCUUAUCCUACUUGUUGCAAACUGCCUUCCCGUCAUCGCGGGCUGCGCUAUGAUUUGGAAAGCAAAAUGGACGUAUCAUGCAGCCACUCCCGUAGCAGGGUACUCCAUCAUCGCGACUGAAGCCGGCGUUCGACCUCGGACACUCCGCUGA